GCUUCCUUUACAGCCCCCACCCUCCAAUGCCAUCAACAAAGUGUUUCAAGGCUGUUGAUAUCGUGAGAUUUAAGUAUUCAAACUUGAUAAUUUACUUUGUUAAGAUAAAGUAUUAAAAGACAACAUUUUAAACAGGAAAUCUCUAAAGUCUAUUAGGCAACAGCGCAUGUCUAUUUGUUUUGAAGUUCAAAAUAUAUCUGGCCAGUGGCAUUAUUAAGGCUGCUUGUUUUCUUAUAGGUUAGUGCCUUUUGCAAUUAUGUUGCCUUUGCUUUUGCCUGAGGAUGAUGAAAAAAGAACCCUACAUGACAACUGCACUCAGUAAGUACUGAGAACGUAUAUGGGGACAGCUACUAAUUAAUUUAAUAAUAAUAAUUGCAUAUAGUUUCUUGGAUAAGACCUGCAUUAUUGGCCUUGCAAGAGUUGGCCAUUGCCAUCACCUGGUAGCCAUUUGAUGUAAUACCGACACGAAGUCCUCUCUUGAUCUUUUUUACUUCUGUCACAACUGGGUAUAACUUUUUACUCUUUAAAGGAUAAAUGAAAACUGUUUUGAUUAAACCAGCCUAUAAUCGUAUACAGGCUAUCUAAGUGUGGAAAUAAAUAUUUCCUCAGGGUGAUACGGAGAGAAAAAUAGCGAUUUAUGAUGCAAUCGUCAGUCGGUUAUUUCUAUACUACAGCACGCACUUUAAUUUUAAUCCUAUGCUGUGUUCGUAACUGAAUACUAUUUUUUUACAUCUAGUUGCCUUUUACUUUUUGAUCGACCGAAGGCAAAGGUAGGUUUCACAUGCCGUUGGGUUAUGAGAUUAGCACUAUUUAACUAUUACUACUGAACCAUUAUUAACAGUGGAAUGGUAAAAUCUGGCUUGUGGACAUCAACGUCAGGAAAAAUGGAUUGACUGCAACGACUCGAGUGCAAAUUGGAUGGAUAGCAGGAUUAAUGAACCGCUUAUGAUCAAAUAACUCUGUGUGUGCCAAUAAUUAAAUUCUCUAAGGGUUCCGUGGCUAUGCGUCCUCUAUGGAAUACGAUGAUGGAAUUAUUAUAUUUUUUUAUUAUAACUAUUAUUAUUAUAACGUUAAUUUUCAAAAAAAAAUUGAAGAUAGUACGGCCUAGAUCCUUUUUGUUAAGUAACUAAGACGGGCUUACUUACGUUUUUCUUCGCAGUCUCUUCCGGAUGGUGAAAAACCACGAUAUUGGGAGGCUUAUGGUUCUAUUGCACUGGUUGCAACUUUAGUUUUCUCCAUCGUGGCGCUCAUGGUAGGAGAAACUGUAUCCAGCUUAUAUGUCAUCAAUAAUUAUUUUAAAUUAAGAGAUCCAGAAAAAGACCCCUUAAAACAUCAAGUCCCUUAUCCCCCCCUCCCCUCCAAAGUAAUAUCUGGCACACAAGUUUAGUGGCACAGUGGAAGUUUAGUGGCACAGUGGUAGCUUAGUAGCUUAUCCAAGUUUCCUUGGAAAUAGGCAGCUAGUAAGAAGAAAGGGGCCCCCCCCCUCCCAAAUAAUGUCUCGUAAACAAGCCUAAGAUUUCCUCGGGGGUGGGGAGGGACAUCGUAAGAGUACAGUGACUUGACAAGAAUUCAACAAAGAGAGCCCUGCCAGUGUACUGAGACCUUUGGAUCGGAGUCGAGCUCCUCAAUCAUCAGCCCACCGCGCCUCCUUCAUGAGAUAAUUUUGGAUGUUAGUUCUGGAAUAGGCGCGGAGUUUUGGUUGCUGUACGUUGAUGGUCGAUCGCUAUUUUAGUAGUUCUAUUAAGGGUGUGAAUAGGUUUUUUAAACUUAGAGAAUGCUUUAGAGAUCGAAGGAAAGGAUGAAAAUUAAACUUCAUGUAACCCACAGUCGAAUUGUUAGAAUCACAAAGAGCUGCAUGCUCUUUCCCCUCUAUCUAAACGGCGUGUUUAAGGUGACUGACCUAUCAUUGCGAUGACAUCGGACCUCUUGCUACGAUUCAUCUUUACACUGCAUGUUAUCUGUUAUGAACAUUGCCGCAUACUCUUUAGGAAAAUCUACAUUUCAGCAUCUCAAAGUUAAUCUAUUUGUUUUACAGGUGGUGUAUUUUUUAGCGGUCAGAACCUACAGAAAAGCUGUCCUACACUCGGGUUAGUAUUUGUGUUUAACAAAGAAAAGCAAAACUAUUCUGAGAAGCAGCAAAACAUUUCUCACUCACAGAUAAUGCAAUUAUUUUAAUUGGAAUGUACAAUGUACAAAUGAUUGAAAGCACACGGUAAGAAAUUCAAUUUUUAACGUUUGCCAAAAACCCAGUGCUUGACUUCUCCAAUAAUGGGAAUGAAGAAUUAAAAAUAACAUGAAUCGUUAAUGCUACCACCCAGUUUGGAAAACAAGGCAAAUAGUAUGCGCGCCGACUUCUGUGAGUUUCGUUUGUGGAGACUUUGCUACUUUCCCUCAUUGCCUUCACCGCCUUCGUACAGCGGAAUGGGUGCGCAAGGUUGUGGAUGCGUUGUGUAACAGUCACGUAUUGGUUUAACGGACCCAUCCGGUAUCACAAAGAAGAGCGCCACCCUUGUCCAAAGAAAUGCCCACCCGCUACCCGUUAGGAAGUUGUUGGAGAGAUAAUACAUCACCUUUGAGAAGGGGGGGAGGGAACGUCAGUAGAUGGAACCGAGCAUGUAUUAUAUUCUUUGACGACUUCGCACUUUAUGUUUUGUUUUUCAGGAGUACUGACAAACCUAGAGCGGGUCAGCAUUGAUGCUAUUCGUAACAAAGUCUUUCUUUACGUAUUGGUGUUCUUGGUAUGCUGGAGCCCGGGUAAGAUAUUUCUAACGUUUUAGUUUGGACAGUCAUCAUCUCGCGUAUGCACGCAUAUAUUCAUUUUGACAUUAAAUGCUAACUACUGACAAACAAGAUACUGCGAAAAGUCGUACGCCAGCACCUGGAUGAAUGAGGUCUGUUGACGAGCAAGUGAAGCACUUUAGUAUUUGAUCAUUUUGUCACGAUUGACUCAGAAUUAAGGCUUGAUUUCCGUCGUUUCCUCGACCCAGUUUUCAAUCCUCCUUUAGUCGGGGGGAGAUGUGCGGGUUCGUUUUCCGAUCAGCGGCUGAUAAUCGACCCUAAUUUGAAGUUGGAUUCGUCAACUUUCAUCUCCUAUUUUGUUUGUUAUUAUUUUCAGCACUUGUGGUAGCAGCUUGUGACAUCGCACCCAGAGUAACUAUCACUAACCUGCAGCAUUGGUACCUCAUGUUCUUCUUUCAAGUAAGUGUUGACACUAUUUUGGGCUUCGUUCUCUCGUUGAUCCCUCUGGCUUUAUUAUAAUUGCGCCGGAUUUUGAAUUGGGAAGGGUCUGUGUUCGAGUUCUCGCCAACAAGGCUCUCUCUUUUAUAUUCUGGGCAAGGAACCUUUGCAUUUCCUCUCUCCACUCAGGAAUAGGAAUGGGUACCAGUGAAUUGUCUAACUGCGCAGCCGGUGCCGGAAUAAAAAUGAGAGCACCGUUUUUUAGGAGCACGGAAUAAUUUACGUCAACGAAGUUGAAGUAAAGAAAGCAGGCGACUCGAUUUUAUUGGUGGAGUAGAAAGACAGUGUAUCGCAGACUCUCUAACCGUGCUUGGAACUGACUGAGUUUGGAUCUUUUCAAGACACUCGGAUUUCUCUUUAUUCCAUGUUCAUUGCAAAUGUUAGUUAUUGGUAUAUCCACACAGUCAAAUCAGUUGAAUAAAGCUUUUUGCGCGCUCUGAUUGGCUAGUUCGGGAGUGAUUGGCAAGUACUAUAGACCUUCGUGCAGCGAAAGGGACAAAUUCGCGCAUGAAAAGUUUAAUUUCCGACCAUUUGUUUGUAAAUUGAGAGUAAAACAAUUUGUUUGGUUCUUGUGUGGUAUAAAUAAUUAUCAACCCUCGUGUCCGUGAAAGUGGCGGAUAUUGACACACUUCGACACACUUCGGGGAAUAAUUUUGAACUAUGCCGGAUGCUAGUCGCCUAUGAACCUAGUUUAUGGCCUAGCUUACUAAAGAGUUUUCUACGGCUCAAUAAUUGAAGCUUCCCGGCGCAAAAUCGUAGCAAGCUAGGGUCUGUUCCUCAAGGGGUUGCCAGAAUUUUCUUUGCUCGACGCUCGUGACAAACUUAAAAUAUCAUAAUCUUGAUAUAUCUGUCUUACAUAAAAUUCCUUGUGGUAUUGACGUCUUUUCUUUUGCGUUUUGUUAUUAACAGGGUUUCACUGCACCUAUGCAAGGCUUUUUCAACUGUAUAGUCUAUGGCUGGGCCAGAAAAAACUUCCGUGAAGCUUCAGAACAGCGAAGAAAUAUACUGCUGGAAAGUGAAGACAAAUUCCGGUUUUCUGGAUCUCGACGGACCUCAUAUGGAUCACUUCGUUCGAUGACAAGUCGUUGAGAGCAAUUCGGAGAGAAUAGCAAAGGGGUGGUGUGGAAGGGGGG